GGCUGGAGUGGUCCAGCUGCGGGGCCGAGGUGCAGCGAGCCACAGGGUCGAUCCAUAGCGCCAUGGCCUGCAUCCUCAAGUGAGAAACGUCCUUCUGGACUCAUAUCUGCACUCCCCAAGGAGCCUUGUGCUGAGACUGGAUCCUUCUAGAUGAGAGAUUUGGAGACGUUGACAUCAAUACUCCCCAAAGAAUCACUAAGGAAGCCUGUGAUUGCCGUGAGCUUCAUAGCCCUGUGCAUCUUACUGCUAGCCAUGCGCCUUGUCAAUGAUGCGACUUUCCCUUUGCUCCUGAACUGCUUUGGACAGCCUAAGACCAAAUGGAUCCCUUUGCCCUACACAUACAGGCAGCCUCUUCGAACUCACUAUGGAUACAUAAAUGUGAGGACCCAAGAGCCUUUGCGGCUGAACUGUAACCAUUGUGCCGUCGUGUCAAAUUCAGGUCAGAUGGUCGGGCAGAAGGUAGGGGAAGAGAUAGACCAUGCAUCCUGCAUCUGGAGGAUGAACAACGCCCCCACCAAGGGGUUUGAAGAAGAUGUCGGCUACAUGACAAUGGUCCGAGUUGUGUCACAUACCAGUGUCCCUCUCUUGCUGAAAAAUCCUGACUAUUUUUUCAAGGAAGCAAGCACGACCAUUUAUGUCAUCUGGGGCCCUUUCCGCAACAUGAGGAAGGACGGUAAUGGCAUCGUGUACAACAUGUUAAAGAAGACGGUCGAUGCCUAUCCGAACGCGCAGAUCUAUGUGACCACGGAGCAGCAGAUGACUCACUGUGAUAGAGUGUUUAAGGAUGAGACGGGGAAGGACAGCUGCCAGGUGCUUCAUGAACAGACCCACCCAGAGAACCUGAAGCCACCAACACUCUUGAUCCUCAGGAGGCAAAUGUCACAAUCACCCAGAGCAGAAACAAAAGACCCAAGCAGAGGACUAAAGCUGCUAGCAAAAGCAUCUGGGUUUCGUUCUUCAGAGCACCUCCCCAAGCAUCUGGUCCUUUCUCUCACCUGCAUGCCAAAGCUGUCGUCCAGAAGUGCUGGAUAUCCUGCUGCAACAGACUUCUGCUUAAAGCAUCUACCGGUUGUCUUCAUCAAAGCAUGUCGUAAAUUAUUCCACAUUCGACUAUGAAUGUCUGUUGUAAGUUACUCCACAUUUGACUAUGAAUGUCUGUGGUCUAGCUAACUGCUCAGUCCUUAUGGGGGAUAUGUACCCUUUCCAUGGCCACCUUGGCUUUCAAACCUUCCUUUACCACACACAGCCCCUUGCCCGAUCUGUCUUCUUCCACCCCAUAAAUAGAUGUUCACAUGCAACUCUUCAGGUUUGUAAAAAAUUAACCAUAUUUUUUGAAAGUCAUAUGGCUGAAUGAAUUUUCAGGCCACUAAACACCUUCACAGGCAGAUACAUAGCUCUGCAUCUCUACUGCCAUCCAGGAUGGGAACCACCUUAAUGUUUCUGUGGCAAGGCACAGUUCAAGACACACUGCCUUGGUGAAUCUCAAGUUUUCCACUAAGAAUAGGGGUAUUAACUGUGUGUUUUAACAUAACAGAAACUUAGGGGAAAAUUUUUAAAAUACUACUUUUUAAUAUCAGCUUAAUGGCUACUUACUAAUUACUGCUACAAAAGCAGAAGUAAAGACAUAGGCCAUUUCCCCCUAACAGACAAACAAACACUGUUUCCCACAGUGCCGAAGUCUCCAGCCUGACGGAAGAAGCAGUCCGUAGAGAAGGUCCCGGCCUGUAUGUGGACAUAGACACCUUCAUCUGGCGACUUCAACACACUCAGUGUUCUGUCUUGCCUUUGUUGCUGUCGUAAAGCACUAGCCUUUGUUGCUGUCGUAAAGCACUAAGCAAACCAACUUGGGGGAGAAAAGGAUUUAUUUGGCUUACAUCACAUCACAAGCCAGGGCAGGAGUUCAAGGCAGGAACUGAAGCACCGUCCAUGGUGGAAAGCUGUUUAUUGGCUUGCUUUCCAUGGCUUGCUUAGCUACUUUUUUUUUAAUACAACCCAGAAUCACUGGCUGGGGUGGCAGUGCCCACCGUGGGCUGUGCCCUCCUCCAUUAACUAACAAGAAAGAAAAUGUUCCACCUUCAUGCCGGUCUAAUGAAAGCGAGUCCUCAGUCGAGGUUCCCGCUUCUUAGGUGUCUUUAGUUUGUGUCAAAUUGACAAAAAGUAACCAACAUGCCCAGGCUGUAGGACAAAUUGGUAGGCUAGCUGGGCUCUAUUCUCUGUCGAAUAUGAAUCUAGAAUGUACAGCAUUAUGCUCUCAGAGACAAGCGGAUGUCCUCCUACAUUGUUACAGCCAAGCUGUGAGCAAUCCCAGAAGGCUUUAUCAUGUUCCAGUGUGACUGUGAGUUUGAAGAGCUGAGCUUCUUUGCUAAUAUACAAGUGCUCAAUAUACAGGACCUGCUAUGAAAUGAUUACUUCCACUGUUUAUGUCCUAAUUUAGGGAAUUGCCAGUGGCAAGCAGGAGCUGGGGCUCUUGUGUCAGGUAACAUGAACUGUACAAAUAUAAAACAUGUCUCCCUUGUCUGGGACGGACACACACAUACACACACACACACACACACACACACACACACAUACACACACAUGCCAUUUUUCUCUAGUGGUUGAUAUCUACUCUCAGUAGUCAAUUGAAGUGAUCAGCUGCUUCGAGUAGUCAUGUCCCUAAGAACCGAGUGUGCUCACACUCAGCGGUGCCCACAGGAAUGCAAUUAAUUCUUUCCUAAUAAUACCCACUUAGUAGAUAGGCAGGUUAGACAUGAGAGGCGUGGUGAUAAGCUACCUCCUGUUUGCUCACUCAUUAGGGACAGCGGUCCUCGAUCUUAAUGGAGUGCCACAAUCCAAUUAGAGUGCUGCCGUUGCAUGUGGCAGUCCUGCCUUGAGAGGCGCCGGUGUUUAGCUGGAAAGGCCGCCAUCUGGGCCUCACCCUACCCUCCUUUCCACUGCUUUCACUAUGAUGCUCCAGUCUUGCUUUCCGUGGGCAUGCCUGGAAUGCUGCCAUUUUCCAAAUGCCGAUAAUGCGACAAUCAGCUUGCUGCUCGGCAGAACAACUCAUCCCUAGAAAAGUUGGUAAUGAUUUCAGAAGUUCUUUUGAGUUUUUAAUCACAACACAGAGAGGAAAUGCCCCAUUUGUGUGUGAUUGUGACAGAGAUGAAAAGCGAUUUCAGAUCACUGGAGAGGAUUUGACAGCUGCGGAAGCCUUCAGUUCAGUGCCGGCUGCAUUGUUUAGACAGAAGUGCCUGUUUUGGACAGCCACUUUCUCAGGGAAGGUCAGGAUCAGGAACAUCUGGACCUCACUAAGUAAUUUGAUGUAAUAACCCAAGUGCUGCAAUGCAAGGUGCUGCAGGGGACACCCUGAUGGGCUGGCCUCAUCCUUGUUUUUCUGACUGAGAGCCCACGGUGAUGAACUCAGAUGCCAUAGAACCAAGUAGAAUGUGGGCUCAGCUUUACUUCUAAUAACUUUUCUCUUUAUAACUUAGAAUCAAGUCAGACACCAGCAUGGUGCUACGUCUUCCCAGAAUGCAAGGCUUACAUUUAAAGUAGACACUGUGUACCUCUACGCUUCCACGUGUCUGGCAUUCAGUUAUGAGUUCCAGAGCCAUUGACUAGAGUCAGGGGCUCAUAAGCUCCAGAGCUAGACCAAAGAAAUGGAUCCAUCCAAGAGAGCAGAAAAGCAACUCACCAUUGGGUGUCCCUGAAAGGACAUCUGCAUAGCCCUCCUGAACACACCCAGGGCACAUACGAAUGUCUGUUUGUCAAAUCCAAAGCUGUCAUUCCCAGACCUCUCAGUCUCAGGGACCAGGAAAUAAAAGUUCUUUCUAAUCAGUGUCUUACAAAGGUUGGUAAAGCUAUGUACAUGUUUGCAGCUCUGAUCAUGCACUAACCAUAUUCAUUUAUCUGUCUAUAUGCUUGGAGAAUGUGAGGAAACAAAGCUAUAUAGAACCCAUGCUCGUAAGGGUAUAGAUUAUAGAA